AUGGACAAUUCAUGCCACUUCUCGCACGCAGAUGGCAGCACCAGCGAUAGCACUUCUUCGCAUUUCACCGCUGCGCAAAAAGAGACAAGGGGACUCAAGUCUGUUCGAUUGGUUUCGAUCUUCUUUCUAUUCUGUGCUAUCCCAAUCGCAAUCGCGAUUUUCAUGUACACCAAGAAUAAUGAAGGGGAAGAGUUUGAAAACCAGUACAUUGAGUUUGCCAACAAGGUUCUCGAGUCCAUUGGAACAACUCUUGAGAACUCCUUCGGUUCACUGGAUAACCUUGCAACUUCAGUUGUUGCCGCAGCGCACGCUGCCAACCAGACUUUUCCAAACAUUCGUGUUGCCAACUUUGGCAUCCAUGCCGCAAAGACACUGUCGCUUUCCAGAGCCAAGAUUCUAGUCAUGUGUCCAGUGGUAAAAGGUGAAGAGUUUGAAGCAUGGCACAAUUGGACCUUACAAGAGGGUCGAACUUGGGUAGACGAGACCGUGAAUGUACAAAAGUCUGACCCCAACUACUUCGGACCCAUUGUUGAAGAGUAUUUUACUCGUGAUGAAAUUCAUACUCGAAGUGGUGCUACUGAAGCAACUGGUGUUGCCCUUCCAUCGUGGCAAGCGUACCCGAUUGUACCUACAUGGCCUCCUUACAACUACGACUACAUCACAGGCUUGAGCUAUACCACGGCUCACACUGAAAUGCUCGAGAAGGGAUCCAUCGUCAUCACGGCGCCGUAUCUGAACCCUGAUCCCAACGAUGAAGCUGCAAUGAAGAGUGCGAUGUCAACAGCCGAUUGGCUGUCCGAGCGCUUGCAUCCAGACGAAGAGCCACUUGAGCCAGCAUCUGAUCUCUACUUUCCAGUCUUUGAUGACUUGGACACAUUUGAAAUUGACACAAGCAAGAUGUCCCCAGUUGCCACCUUUGGCGUUACGUUCUACUGGCGCGACAUGAUUCGUGAUAUCCUUCCGGAAUCUGCCAAGGGUAUCCUUGUCGUGGUCGACAAUCCGUGUUCUGCCUCCUUCACGUAUCGCCUCGAUGGACGCGAGACCACUCUGCUGGGACGGGGAGAUCAGCACGAGAGCAAGUACGAUGAUAUGGAGCUGACAAGUGUCAUCACAGAGCUGAACUCCUUCCGCAUCCGGCAAACAACAUACUCUGGACCACAGCUGGAUGACGAGACUUGUCCGAUCUCCUUCCGUAUCUUCCCAUCUCAAGCCACAGAGGAUGAAUACAUUACCAACAAUAGCUGGUUAUACAGCGGCUUCACAGUGUUGCUCUGUCUCACGGCUGGACUACUGUUCGUACUGUACGAUCGCUAUCAAGAGCGUCGUCAAAUGGCCUUCAGGGAGAGCGCUGCAAAGAACAAUGCCGUGGUAUCAGCAUUGUUCCCCGCUGCGAUCCGAGAGAAGCUGUAUGCGAACCAGCAGCUACAGCGAGAGAUGGAGAAGAAGGGAGGCGGCAUGAAAACGCUCGGUGUGAACAACGCUCCGAUUGCUGAGCUGUACACCGACACGACUGUGUUGUUCGCCGAUAUUGCAGGUUUCACGGCAUGGGCAUCCACAAGGGAGGCAUCCGAUGUGUUUACAUUGUUGGAAUCGAUCUACUUUGAGUUUGAUAUGCUAGCGAAGAAGUACCGCGUGUUCAAGGUCGAGACCGUUGGCGACUCGUAUGUGGCCGUUUGCGGUUUGCCAGAGCCGAGAAGGGACCAUGCUGUGGUCAUGGCGAAAUUCAGUGCCGAAUGUCGUGACAAACUGGUGAUUCUUACCAAGGAACUGGCAAAGUCGCUUGGUCCAGGUACUGAGAGCAUCACAAUGAGAUUUGGACUUAAUUCGGGACCAACUACAGCAGGCGUGCUUCGAGGGGAGAAGAGCCGCUUCCAAUUGUUCGGUGAUACUACCAACACCGCAGCAAGGAUGGAAAAUUCAUCUUUGCCAAAUCGUAUCCAAGCUUCGCAGAAGACGGCUGAUCUUUUGAUUGAGGCUGGGAAGUCCGAUUGGAUCAGCAAGCGGAAAGAUGUGGUAGCUGCUAAGGGCAAGGGUAACAUGGUUACUUACUGGGUAGAACCGGGCGGAACGACCAGUCGAGAUUCUCUAUCAGAUAGCCGUUCCUUGGCGUUGAGGCAGUGGGGUGUGCCUGACGACAGACUUCAGCAUUUGGUUGACUUCAAUGCAGGAAUUUUGGAACACCUCCUACUUGAUCUAAUUGUUUACAACAAAACCGAGGACUCAACACAGGUAAAAAGUGAUCCGAAGUCUAUCAGACGAGAAGAUUCAAAAGAACAAAUGAAGAGCUAUGGCUUUGACAACACUUCCCCGCGAGAAGAUAUCGUGGAAGUUAUUCCUAUUCCAAAGAUGGAUACGAACCAGAAGACACCAAAGCGAAAGUCAGCAGAUCAAGCCUUGGGUGAAACGGUCAAGGGCCAACUUAUUGACUUUGUGACUGAGGUUGGGCGCCAUCAUUCCAACGACAACCCCUUUCACAACUUUGACCAUGCCACUCAUGUGGCGAUGUCUGUGCGAAAGCUCCUAGCUCGUAUCUUGAAGCCAUUGCAUCAGCAAGAGGGUCCCAGAUCCGGCAAGGGUUCAAAAUCUGUGACUUCAAAAGCUGCCAAGUUCGACAAGAUUCUACGCAGUACGUAUGUGCUGACAUCGGACCCACUGAUCCAGUUCGCAGUGUACUUUUCCGCUUUGAUCCACGAUGCAAAGCACCCAGGUGUGUCCAACGGGACUCUAUCGAAUGAAAAACAUGAGAUGGCGAUUCGAUUCGACCACAAGAGCUGCGCAGAACAGAACUCUGUUGUUUUGGUUUGGGAUCUAUUCUUGUCGGAUCGGUAUGAUGCUUUACGAGACGCCAUGUUCGGGGGCAACAUGGAACGCUUGCGUCGCUUCCGCCAGAUUGUUGUGAACUCGGUGUUGGCCACUGAUAUCUUUGAUCGCGAGCUUCGAGAUGUCCGUGAACGCCGAUGGACCAAGGCCUUCCCAGAUGACGAUGUAUCGGCAUUGUCGCUUUCAUCUCAAGAGAUGGACAGCAUGGAAGGCGACCUUCGAGCAACAAUUGUGAUUGAGUACAUCAUCCAAGCCAGUGAUGUUGUGCACACGAUGCAGCACUGGACCGUGUACCAGAAAUGGAACAAGCGCUUGUUUUGUGAGAUGAUGUCGGCGUAUCAAGCCGGGCGUGCGGACAAGGACCCCAGCGAGGGGUGGUAUGGCGGGGAGCUUUGGUUCUUUGACAACUACAUCAUUCCGCUUGCAAAGAAGCUGAAGGAAUGUGGUGUAUUUGGGGUAUCAUGUGACGAGGUCUUGGACUAUGCCCAAGACAAUCGCUUGGAAUGGGAACAGAAAGGGAAGAAGAUAGUCGAGCAGUGGAAAGGGGAAAUGGAUGACGCAUCGAAUGAUGUAUUCGACAUGAAUACAGCGGAAGAUAAUACAUCCACAGAAUCACUGAGUGAAUCAUCUUCCAAUAAGAGUUAUUGA